CGGCGGAGGGAUUUGAGGCCGAGAUCCACCCCCUGCUCCAGUCGGUGGCCGAGGCCGCGCGGGUUCUUGAGCAGCGGCCUUGUGCGCUCGCUGUGCGGGCGAGGCAGUCAGGCAGACGCGGACGCCCUCGGAGUGGAAGCCAAAGCAGGAGUUCUUGUUGCUGAGGGGCCGCCGCAGCCGCCCCGAGCCUCUGGACCGACGCCAGACCGAGGAGGGCGCCGCGCGGCGAGUGAACUUGGCAAGAUGACCCAGUUCCUGCCGCCCAACCUUCUGGCCCUUUUUGCCCCCCGUGACCCUAUCCCAUACCUGCCACCCCUGGAGAAACUGCCACAUGAAAAACACCACAAUCAACCUUACUGUGGCAUUGCGCCGUACAUUCGAGAGUUUGAGGACCCUCGAGAUGCCCCUCCUCCAACUCGUGCAGAGACCCGAGAGGAACGCAUGGAGAGGAAAAGACGGGAGAAGAUUGAGCGGCGGCAGCAGGAAGUGGAGACAGAGCUCAAAAUGUGUACGUCUCUCAUCCACUGUUCUCCUCUCUCCUCCCCCGUGUUCUUUCCAGGUCAUACCCAGGAUCCUGCUGUCUCCCAAAGGCCUAUUUUGGGGGGAGCAGGGUUGUUAGUUCUUUUAUUUAGCCCCUGCCACUUGGCAAGCCCUGUUUUUGGUUUGGGCUUUUCAGCAGCAGAACAUAGGGUAAAAGUUGGCGGGAAGGGAGACCCCUGGUACCUUGGGCCCUUCCUGCAGGGGAGGACAGUUAUAAGGGGCUCCCACAACCCAGCUGGGUCUCAGGCUAAGGCAGUGAGUUGUGGGCUAGUGGGUCCGUCCCGGCUCUACCCUUAGCUCCCUGACCCUUGGGCUGAGGAUGUUGAUCCCCUCCAUGUAUCAGAGGAAUUGGGAGUACAAGACAGGUGUGUUGUCGCCGUUAACCAAACUGAUAAGAAGGUCAGCUGUCAACCUCCAGUGGCUCUUUAUUGUGAGAGUGAAAACUCACGCAGCAUAGUGAUUUUCAGUCAGCAGGGGACCACAGAUGUG